AUGUCAACUUCAGAUGAAACUAUAGAUGUUGGAGCUGAAUUCUUCAGUCACAUCUUAACAAACAUUCCUAAUUUGAAUGUGGAAGAACUUGCUGAUCUUGAAGACCAACUUGCUCGAGAAUUCAGAUUAAUUAGUAAGAAUUAUAUAUCAUCGAGACUUUCAAGAAUAAAUAAAUUGAUUGAAAGAAUUAAUAGUCUGAUUAAAAUAGCUACUGCCAAUGAUCGAAAUUGGCUGAGGAUUUAUAAUUUCGAAAUUGAAACUAUCAAUAAUAUCAAAACUAAUACUGAAGAUGUCAUUCUUAUGAGUAUGCUGGAAAUUGAUGAUAAACCAGAUAUUUUAAAAUCUCUUGAUGAAUAUGAAGAAGAAUUAGCCGAAAUUAUUAAAAACUUACAAAGUCCAUUAGCCUUUGAUGAUACUUUAGGUCAAGUUGAUAAUGAUGCUGCUGCCAAUAAGAUUAAUGAUAAUGAUAUCCCAAAUGAAAAUAAUGAUAAUAAAACAACUACAACAUCAACCUCAAUAACAACUACACCUAAUAGUAAACCUACUAAAGGGAAACUCGGUACUUCGAAUAACAACAAUAACACUACUAAUAAUGAAAAUGAUCCUUCAAAAUUACCAUUUCCAUAUUUAUUUGAUAAAUUCUUUAAGCCUCAUAAACAAAGUUUAAAAACAAUUGUUAAUGAAAAACGAUAUCAAUCAAAAUUAAUACUUGAUAAUUCAUUAGGUAAUUCAACUAUCAUUUGGAAGCUGUAUUAUAACGACUUAAUUAAACGGAAGCAAACCUUAGUCCAACAAACUUAUGAUGAAUUAAACAAUCUUUAUAAAGAAUAUCAUCAUGUCAAUUAUAAUGAAGUUUCUCAAAGACAAUGGAAACAUUAUUAUCGAUCAAUUUUAAAUCCUCAAGAUGUGAAAGUCCCCAGUGAGGAAGGGUUCAUCUAUGGUAGACCUCCUACUCCAUUGGUAGAUACUUCCAAUACUAGUAAUGUCAAAGAUAUAGUGGCGGCUAAUCGUGAUACUAAUUAUGCUAAUCUUGAUAAUCAAUUAAUUCAAAAGAAUAAAUAUGAAUUAACCCAAUUAAAGAGAAAGAUUGUGAAUGCUAAUAAAGAUUUUGAACUGAUUCAAGCUUCAAAUGGUGGUCAAUCAUCGAAAAAGAGGAUAAGGUUGAAUAAUUUCACUGGAUUAACCAGGGAUGAAAUCGAUCAAGAUAUACAAUUAUUAAGAAAAGAAACUAAAAAAUUGAAUAAUGGUCGUGGAUCAACGGCUCCUAAUGAAAACUCUCAAUCGGUUGCAGCUUCUGAAACUGAGUUUGAUUAUGAUCGUGACGAUGAGGAUGAAGAAGGAAGGAAAUAUAAUGAUGAAGAGGAUGAAGAGGAUGAAGAGGAAGAACGUGAAGCUAAUAAUGAAGAACAAGAAGAUAAUGAAGUCACCGUUAAGAGUGAACCAACUACUGAAUCGGUGAAUGAAGAAAGUCUUGAUCCAGAAGUUAGAGAAAAACAAAGAUUAAGAAGAAAAUAUAAACAAUUAUUAGGAUUGGAAUCAUCUCUUAUAAGUUCAUCAUUUAGAAUUCCAGUAUUACCACCACUUGAAAAUUUCCCUGAUGCAAGUACAGUAUCUCGUAAUUAA